GGCCACCACGACCCAACCACAACCACCAUGACCCAACCAUGGCCACCACGACCCAGCCACAACCACCAUGACCCUUCCACGGCCACCAUGACCCAACCACAACCACCAUGACCCUUCCAUGGCCACCAUGACCCAACCAUGGCCACCAUGACCCAGCCACAACCACCAUGACCCAACCACGGCCACCACGACCCAGCCACAACCACCAUGACCCAACCAUGGCCACCAUGACCCAACCACGCCCCCUCCAUGACGUUCCUCCACGUCCCCUCCUCCCACCACCCCAUCCCUCAAGGCCACCGCACCCCGGGGGGGUCUCAGGGUGGGGGUUCUCUCCUGACCUUGCCCUUGUCCCCCUCCCGACUCCCUCCCCCCCCAGGUUCGGCUCCUGGUCCCGGGCGGCCACGUGUCCCAACGGGGAUCACCUGGUGGCCUUCCGGCUGACGGUGGAGGCCCCGCGGGGCGUCUGGGACGACACGGCCGCCAACGACAUGACCGGGCUCUGCUCCCACGGCUCCCACGUCUCGCCGACGUUCAACCCCAGGGGCUCCCUGGGGGACUGGAGCCCCACCUGCCCCCCGGGCUGGGGGGUCUGCGGGAUCCGCACCCGCGUGGACCAGUCCGAGGACGACAUCGACGACACCGGGCUCAACGACGUCCAGCUCCUCUGCUGCCCACCCCUGUAGCCCGGGAGGGGCACUCGACCCCCCCAGACAACCCUCCCA